CAACGAAGUCAUUGCUGUAACAUUGUGUGAAGAGACCAGAAGAGGGGAAAUACAAUCUGAGAACUAAACUGCCAAAGCCUAACACCACCUAGCAACAGUUGAAAAAACUUUUAAACAAAAGUCUGGGUGAGACACAGACCGAGUACUCCUACUCCUCCUGCCUGGGAUUUCUGAGAGAAGCAGCUCCGGUCUUCUUCUUUUCCACCUUCUUUUCUUCAUUACUUCAGUGGCUGGUAGACCUAGGAACGUGGGAAAACUUUCUAUCUUUGUGUUCUCCUGAGCUGGAGCAGUCUACUGCUGUGGUAGUGCUGUGGGACAAGCUACUGCAAUCUCGCAGUGUUAAAGGACGUAUUCCUGGGUUCGUGUUGCUGAUAGGCAGGGAUGAGAUCCCGAAACCAAGGUGGAGAAAGCUCAUCUAACGGGCACUUCUCCAGUUCCAAGCCUGUCAUCAGCCAUGCAGAGAAUGAAAAACUUCAGGAGGAUGCCAAGAAAAAGAACAAACCUCAUCGGAAGGAAGAUGAGGUCAUGGCUUCAGCAACUGUCAAACGGCACUCAAAAUCACCCGGACCUUCUGAACGAAAGAACAAGAAGUCCAUAGAGCUUUCUAAAGAGGACUUGAUAAAACUACUUAGUAUAAUGGAAGGAGAAUUGCAGGCAAGAGAGGAUGUGAUCCACAUGCUGAAGACAGAGAAAACCAAACCUGAAGUUUUAGAAGCUCAUUAUGGGUCUGCAGCUCCAGAGAAUGUGCUCCGAGUGCUACACAGGGAUGCCAUCCUUGCCCAAGAAAAGUCUAUAGGGGAAGAUGUCUAUGAAAAACCAAUUUCAGAGCUAGACAGACUUGAAGAAAAGCAGAAAGAGACGUAUCGGCGCAUGCUGGAACAGCUCCUGUUGGCAGAAAAGUGCCAUCGUCGCACAGUUUAUGAGCUAGAAAAUGAGAAACAUAAACAUACAGAUUACAUGAACAAGAGUGAUGACUUUACUAAUCUCCUGGAACAGGAGCGGGAGAGGUUGAAGAAACUUCUUGAGCAGGAGAAGGUCUAUCAAGCCCGGAAGGAGAAGGAACAUACAAAGAGAAUCAAUAAACUAAGAGAAGAACUAGUCAAGCUCAAAUCAUUUGCACUCAUGCUGGUGGAUGAAAGACAAAUGCAUAUUGAACAACUUGGUCAACAAAGCCAGAAAAUACAGGACUUAACCCAAAAACUAAAAGAAGAAGAAGAAAAGCUUAAAAUUAUUAGUGCAAAAACUAAAGAAGAUGGACAAAAACUGAUGAAGUUAGAGGCAGAACUUGAACACAAAACUUCAUCAUUUUCUCAAGAACAUGAGGAGAUGACUGCUAAACUGGGUAAUCAAGAGUCACAUAAUAGACAGCUAAGGCUUAAGCUAGUGGGGUUGACUCGCAGAAUAGAGGAGCUGGAAGAAACUAACAAAAAUCUUCAAAAAGCUGAGGAGGAACUUCAAGAGCUAAGAGAUAAAAUAGCAAAAGGGGAAUGUGGGAACUCUAGCUUAAUGGCAGAAGUGGAAAACCUCCGCAAGCGUGUGCUUGAAAUGGAGGGCAAAGAUGAAGAGAUCACAAAAACCGAAUCCCAGUGCAAAGAGCUGAAAAAUAAACUGCAAGAGGAGGAGCACCAUAGCAAAGAGUUGAAACUUGAAGUGGAAAAACUGCAGAAAAGAAUGUCAGAACUAGAGAAGCUGGAAGAGGCUUUCAGUAAAAGUAAGUCUGAAUGCACUCAGCUACACUUAAACUUGGAGAAAGAAAAGAAUUUGACUAAAGAUUUGAUAAAUGAGUUGGAAGUGGUAAAGACUCGAGUGAAGGACCUUGAGACAUCAGAAAGCAAGUUGGAAAAGGCUGAAAUAAGCUUAAAAGAUGACCUUACAAAGCUGAAGUCGUUUACUGUAAUGUUGGUUGAUGAACGAAAAAAUAUGAUGGAAAAAAUAAAACAAGAGGAAAAAAAGGUUGAGGGUCUAAACAAGAAUUUUAAAGUUGAACAAGGGAAAGUUAUGGAUGUAACAGAGAAAUUGAUAGAAGAAAGUAAGAAAUUUUUGAAACUGAAAUCUGAAAUGGAGGAAAAAGUGUCUAGUUUGACAAAGGAAAGAGAUGAGUUAAUUGGCAAACUGAGAAGUGAAGAAGAAAAAUCCUCUCAACUAAGCUGUAGAGUUGACUUGUUAAAGAAAAGAAUUGAUGGUGUAGAGGAAGUAGAAAGAGAAAUUACAAGAGGUCGAACCAGGAAAGGACCAGAGCAUGGUUGUCAUGAGGACAACAAGAUUAAGGAACUCACUGUUGAAAUUGAAAGACUGAAAAAACGCCUCAAACAAUUGGAAGUGGUUGAAGGAGAUUUGAUGAAGACAGAAGAUGAAUAUGAUCAGCUAGAGCAGAAAUUUAGGACUGAGCAGGAUAAAGCUAACUUUCUUUCUCAACAGUUGGAGGAAAUGAAACUCCAGAUUGCCAAAACCAAAGCAAUAGAAAAAGGUGAAGUGGUGAGCCAGGAGGCAGAACUGAGGCACAGGUUUCGUCUGGAAGAGGCCAAAAGCAGAGAUUUGAAAGCAGAAGUUCAAGCUCUUAAGGAAAAAAUCCAUGAGCUGAUGAACAAAGAAGACCAGCUUUCUCAGCUCCAAGUUGAUUAUUCAGUUCUGCAGCAAAGGUUUAUGGAAGAAGAAAACAAAAACAAGAGUAUGGGACAGGAAGUUCUGAACCUAACAAGAGAGCUGGAGCUUUCUAAGCGUUACAGCCGUGCUCUGAGGCCCAGCAUAAAUGGACGAAGAAUGGUCGAUGUCCCUGUGACAUCCACUGGUGUGCAGACAGAUGCCGUAAGCAAUGAAGCAGCAGAAGAAGAAACUCCUGCAGUGUUUAUAAGGAAAUCCUUCCAGGAGGAGAAUCAUAUCAUGAGCAAUCUGCGACAGGUAGGUCUGAAAAAACCCAUGGAGCGUUCUUCAGUGCUCGAGAGAUAUCCUCCAGCAGCAAAUGAGCUUGCUAUGAGGAAAUCUUGGAUACCGUGGAUGAAAAAGAGGGAACCUGGGGCUCAGGCAACUCCUGAUAAAGGAGCCCGGACCCACGGUAGUCCAGCACAUCCUGGAGAGGUUGUCCUUUCACCAAAACAGGGUCAACCUCUUCAUAUUCGGGUGACACCAGACCAUGAGAACAGCACAGCAACUUUGGAGAUAACCAGUCCAACUGCAGAGGAAUUUUUUUCAAGUACCACUGUCAUUCCUACUUUGGGAAAUCAGAAGCCACGAAUAACCAUCAUUCCCUCUCCAAACGUUAUGCCACAAAAAGGAAAAGGCAGUGAAAGUCCAAUGGGCCCAGAUCGUUCUAUGUCUCCAGUCACUAUAACAACGUUCUCCAGGGAAAAGUCCCCAGAGGGAGGGAGAGCACCCUUUGCCGACAGACCUGCAUCGCCAAUUCAGAUUAUGACAGUAUCAACAUCUGCAGCACCAGCAGAAAUCUCUGUCUCUCCACAGUCACAAGAUAUGACCAUGGGAAGAGCUGUCUUCAAAGUAACACCAGAAAAGCAAACCGUCCCGACUCCAAUCCGCAAGUACAAUGCCAACGCCAACAUUAUUACGACAGAAGACAACAAAAUCCACAUCCACCUAGGUUCCCAGUUUAAACGUUCUCCCAGUGCUGUACCUGAUGGUGCAAGUCCUGUGAUAACAGUGAGACCAGUGAACAUAGCAGCAGAGAAAGAAGUUGUGACUGGUACCGUCCUUCGAUCACCUCGAAACAACCUGUCCUCGCGACCCGCAGCGAGCAAGGUGACAAGUACCAUCACUAUAACCCCUGUUACAACGUCUUCCACCCGAGGAACACAAUCAGUGACAGGCCAGGAUGGGUCAUCCUCGAGACCUACACCCACCCGCAUUCCUGUGUCAAAAGGUAUGAAAGCAGGAAAGCCAGUAGUGGCAGCCCCAGGAGCAGGAAAUGUGACAAAAUUCGAGCCUCGUGCCGAGACUCAGUCUAUGAAAAUAGAACUGAAGAAAUCUUCAGCCAGCAGCUCUGCCUCCCUGGGCGGGGGUCAGGGCUGAUGGCAGUGGCUCAGGGGGUACGUUCUGCAGGUUUUACUGCUCCCAUGGAAGUCAGCCCCCCCGUCUGUGUAGUUGCUCACGUUUGCCUGUACUAAUGAAGUCCUGCAGCUGUCACUUACAAAAAACUAAUAAGUGUGUGCACUGACUACUUAAGUAACAAUAUCCUUUUGUUUUCUUGAAUUCAAAUUUAAAAAAGGAAAAAAAAGCCAUCAUAAAGGCAGUUCUUGUACGCCAGGAAGAUUUUCAGUCUAGGAAAUGAGAAUGGUGCAGCUAAACUAGGUUAUUAAUCUAGUUCAGGAAUUCUUAAUGAUGGACUUGGUCAUUUGAAGGAAGUUCGGUCACUUUUACUGAUUGUCUUUCACCUUAGGGAAUCACUUUCCACCUUUGCUACUGCAUGGGACACUUUCCUUCCUGCCUGUGAUCACAUUAUUGAAAUGCCACUUGGCCUAGGGAAGCAAUGCCAGGAGACAGUGCACUUGAGGUCCUGUUUUACUGAAAGCUAGUACCUCAGCUGUGGGAGGGAGGGGAAGAGAGAAAGGAUGGGCACUGUGUGACCUGCCUUCUCUUGAGGAGCCUCCCAUCCGAGUCAGUGUUUCUCAGUGGUGAGGUGCUUUCUCAAGAUAGUUACAGAAUUCAGGGGCAUAGGGAUGUAGCACAAUGUUUGGCAGCAGCAGUGUUAAGCACCAACUUAAUUCUUCCAGAGGUGAUUAACAUUUGUAGACAGUACUCAAAAACAGGUCCCUGACUUACACACACUGGGUACUGCCAGCUCAGUGCUCAGAUGAAGCUACGUGAGCCAAAAAGUCUUUAGUCUUUAGCAAAGCUGAAGAAACACUGAUCUGGCUAAAAUCAAUACUGUCCAUUUAUGGCUGCUCCAAAGAUCACUAACACUAUGAAGCAAGUCACUCUGUUGACCUGACUAGGUCAGGUAGUUGUUGUUUUCUUUGUUGGGAUCUUAUAUUUAAACCUUAGUUGUCAAGCAUCUGUAUGUCUUAGAGGGGAAGUCAGUAAAGACUGCUGGUGGCAGGAAUUGCUAUCUAAAGGCACAGCUCAGGCACAGACAGUGAAAGAGAGAGGGUUUGAUAAGGAAGUUAGUCUCAUUUUUCAGUGCUGUAUAAUAUGUUGUCAUAAAUACAGACUGCCUCACAAUGCCAUGGUGAUUCAUUGUUUUUCCUUCCCUCUUUGUAAUUUCCUCAUUUAUACGCUUGCGUUUUUUAAGCAUGUUCUAAGGAAUUGUUCCAGCAUGGAAAUAGUGUGGAUGCCCAUGAUUGUUAUGAUUUUUUGAUUUAAUAACAGUAAAGUUAUUAAAGGACA